UAAAGGGUUUCUUUUCCUUCCCGCAGGGAUGCUGGAAGACGGGAAAAAGUUUGACUCCUCCCGCGAUAGGGGCAAGCCGUUCAAGUUCGUGAUGGGCAAGCAGGAAGUCAUCCGCGGCUGGGAAGAAGGGGUCGCCCAGAUGAGCGUUGGCCAGAGAGCCAAGAUGACAAUCUCACCAGAUUAUGCUUACGGGGCUACUGGCCACCCUGGCAUCAUCCCACCCAAUGCCACCCUAAUUUUUGAUGUGGAGCUCAUAAAGUUGGAAUGACAAAGAGGCCCCCGUCCUCCCGUUUCCCUGCUCUUGGGUUUGGCACAUGGAGAAAUCCAGAAAUCUUUGCUUCGAGAUGAAUGCACAUGAAUCUGUAUGGAGCUUUCCCAGCUACCCACUGCAGCCCUCCGCCCCGAUCUGAAUGUUUUGAGCCUCCCGGCUCCGCUUCCGACUCCGCUUCCUCGUUUUCCUCUGUUCUUCGACAUUUUUGGGCUCUAUGCUAUAAACCUCAGCUAUUCUUCUUUUUUUUUUUUCCCUUAUUUGGUGGGGGGGAGGGGGAUCGUCAAGUCCUUUAAUCUUAUUUUGUCGGGUUUUUUGGGGCGUAGACUUGAGUUGUGUAUGACUGAGCAUUUCUAGUCAGUAUCAGAUCGGUUCACCUUCUAUAGGAACGCUUGCCGGAAGGCAGGCCUUUUUUGGUGUGUUUGCUUUUGGAAUCUCUAUUGUAUUAAAAGUCCGUUUGCUGCUGCAAAGCCAUACGAAGCAAUGGGAGGAGCUCCCGGAGAGGGAGUCACCCCUCAGCCAAGCAGACAUAGGAGUCGAGAAGGUCCUCUGCCCCAGGCCCUCCUGGCGUCCAUCCUGGGGACGGGCGGGUCCCUCUCGCCCUGGGCCUCGGCCUCUUCCUCCCCCCGCCCCGAGGUGGCCGGGGGCUUUUCACUGGAUUUUCAGCAGAUUUUUAACUUCAGGCAGCCCGAGCUCCCCUCUGGGGAGACUCGAGUCCGCUGCUCGCCCUGGGUGAGGGGACGCUCCCCGCCACUCCCCCGCCAUCGAGGCAGAAAUGCCAGAGAGUUCUCUUCGGAAACCUGAUGCUGGUCGUCGCAGCUUGCAACAGCCUCUUCUACCCCGUGCGCCAUCCCUCUGCGGUCCCGUGGCCUUGUUCCCCCCCGUCGUGAGUUUUGGUAAGAGAAUCGCCGCUGCCCCUUCCUCCUCCUCCUCCAUCACCCCGUGAACGUAUAGAGUUUUAUUAUUGCAAUAAAAAUGCUUUAUGCUGGCUUUUCUCAA